GAGGCGCGGACUGUGACGUCACGCCGGCUGGGCGCGUCUGGGACUUCCUUCCUUCCGCAGGGCAGCAACCAGGGACCUGAGUGUUGCAAGGUGCGAGAGGAGAUCGCCGCGGGAAGCGCAUGUGCCUCAAAUUCCUGCCUUUCCUCAAGAGAAGAGCCCCCAGGAGAAAAGCCAGUAUUGCUUGUGCUCCUAACAACCUGUCUCUUGUUAUUUAUCACUGUGGAUGCAAAUCUGGAUGAUCCCAAAUUACCUGGGUUAGUUUUUAGUAUUUGAUUGUUUCAGAAUCAAUUGUGAUAUGGAAUUUUAUAGAAUUCCUAAUACCUGUCACUGCUUAAUCUCUUCAGAGAGGUUGAUCAUCAGGGGUUCACUUUUGGAGAAGUUGAGAAUGCAGGCUGAACAAGGAAGAGGAAGGGGAAUCCUGCAGGGAUGAAUGAGAGGACAGCAAUGCAUGUGUGAUGUGUGUGAGCACACACACACAGUAACCUUUCCUAGGAGAACUGUAUUACUCUAAUGAUAAUCACCUUUGAGGAAAAAAAACUUGUAAGUAUGAAUUUGGUGUUACAAGCAGCAUGAAUUCCAGCCAAAUAUCACUCAAAAUGAAACAUGGGAGAGUUAACAUGCAGAAGAAACCUUCAAAGUGUAGUGAAUGUGGAAGGUUCUUUACUCAGAGAUCAUCUCUUACCCAGCACCAGAGGAUUCACAGAGGAGAGAAGCCCUAUGUGUGCAGUGAAUGUGGAAGUUGUUUCCGUAAACAGUCAAAUCUUACUCAACAUCUGAGAAUUCAUACCGGAGAGAAACCUUAUAAAUGUAAUGAAUGUGAGAAAGCCUUUCAAACAAAAGCAAUUCUUGUUCAGCAUCUGAGAAUUCAUACUGGAGAGAAACCCUAUAAAUGCAAUGAGUGUGGAAAAGCCUUUUGUCAGAGUCCAUCCCUUAUUAAACAUCAGCGAAUUCAUACUGGAGAGAAACCGUAUAAAUGUGCAGAAUGUGGCAAAGCCUUCAGUCAGAGUGUAUGCCUUACUCGUCAUCAGAGAAGUCAUUCUGGAGAUAAACCUUUUAAGUGUAACGAAUGUGGGAAAGCCUUUAAUCAGAGUGCAUGUCUCAUGCAGCAUCAGAGAAUUCAUUCAGGAGAGAAGCCCUACACAUGCACUGAAUGUGGUAAAGCCUUCACUCAGAACUCUUCCCUUGUUGAACAUGAAAGGACUCACACUGGAGAGAAACUUUAUAAGUGUAGUGAGUGUGAAAAAACUUUCCGCAAACAAGCACACCUUAGUGAGCAUUACAGAAUUCAUACUGGAGAAAAACCUUAUGAGUGUUUUGGAUGUGGGAAAUCCUUUAGGCACAGUUCAGCACUUCUUCGACAUCAGAGGCUUCAUGCUGGGGAGUAAAAUUUGGAAUAUAAUGAGUAUGGGAAGAUUUGUAUAGAAGCACCUUUUUUUCUCCUAAAUUCCUAGGAAUGUAAGACUCAGUCUGUAGCUAGUAUGAAUAUUUUGUAUUUUGAACAAGAAAUGUUGUGUCCUAAUGUGUCCUAGUCUGGAGUUUGAUGCCUUAUCUGCUGCUCAGUGGGUGUAACCUUAUACCUUCUGAGCCUCAGUUUCCCCAUCCCCCCAAUAGAAAAAUGGGGAUAUUUCCUAGGGUUGUCCUGAGAAUAAAAUGAGUUCUGUGUGACAGUUAACUGCCAUUAAUUAAUUAGCCGUUCUAAAAGUUUAUUUACAGUAUCAAAAUCUGACAAGUAAAUCAGCAUUGUUGUUUGGUUCUCAUAAUGUAUUAUUUCUUAAGAACAUUUUGUAAUUGGACUAUGAUUUUAUGAUUAAUCUACAGAUGUCUAUUUAAACUAUAAUGUCUUGGUUUAAAUAGGAUAGUACAAUCUAAGACUGGUUUGUCCUUGAGAAAUUUCAGAUUUAAUCAGAGAAAAAUGUACUGAUUGGGAUUUGAGUGGACAUUGUGGGGUUUAUUUCUGGAUAUCCUCAAGAUCUUCAUUUAAAUUUUGAUACUUUCUAUUACUAGAUCUAAUUUGACUUUAAGCUCUAAGUUUCACUUUUCCAUUAAACGGAAAGCCUCCCUGACAUUAACUGAAUAAAACCUCAUGUUGUGGGAGUUCUGUGUGUGUUUAGGGUUGGCAGCAGAUGAUUAGGAGAAGGCAUAUGACAGUAGAGAGGACUGGAAUAUAGAGGAGAAUAUAAGCGUGUAGAUGAGGAUAUGGCUGUAUUUGUUUUGAGUUCUAGGAGCACAGCACCAAAUGUGGUCUCUUAAGGGAAGAUGAGGGUAGAUGUUAAGAUCCCAGGUUCCAGCAAGUGAUGCCACUGACUAACAACUAGCCACUUGUCAAAGGAAGGAGAGAACAGUGUCUUGGGGAUGCUGAUGGGUUGAAGUGCCUAUGGCUCGUUAAAAGCCAUGAAAAAGCAAAGAAAUCAAAGGAUACUUUUGAUGGAACUUUAGGCUAUGCUAAGCUCUUUAAUGUAAACAAGUACCUCUAAUGCUAAAAGCACCCUUGCAAGAAAGGUAGGAGUUACUAUUCACAUCCUAGAGUCAAGGAAAAAGAGAAGAUGUUUGACUUGCUCAAAGUCAAGCAGGUAAUGUCAGAAUUGAAUCUCAAAUCUAUAUCUUUAUAGAGUUGCAGUUCUGAUUUAUAUAAUACCAAAGUCAUAUGCAGGCAAUUUCCCACCAUUGAACCUUCAGAUGCCAAAUCUGUGAAAAUCAUUUUUAAAAAAGACUUACUUUUUUUUCAGCUUAAUGUGUGCUUGUUGAAAUACAUUGAUAAAAUUAGAGAAAUGAAAGAAAUUAAAAUUGCAUGGUUUCAGCAAACAGUCAUCUUAGUGUAUUUAUUCUAGCCUUUCUUUUCUGCAUAGCUCUUUUUUCUUCCCUUUUAACAGUAAUUAUAGUUGUACUAUAUUAGAGUACUAUAUAGAGUACUAUAGCCUGCUUUUUUUUUUUUUUUUUUUUUUUGAGACAGAGUGUCACUGUGUCACCCAGGCUGGAGUACAGUGGCACAAUCUCGGCUCACUGCAAGCUCCAGGACUCCCAGGUUCAUGCCAUUCUCCUGCCUCAGCCUCCCGAGUAGCUGGGACUACAGGCACCUGCCACCACGCCCGGCUAAUUUUUUUGUAUUUUUGUAGAGACGGGGUUUCACCGUGUUAGCCAGGUUGGUCUCCAUCUCCUGACCUCGUGAUCCACCCGCCUUGGGCUCCCAAAGUGCUGGGAUUACAGGUGUGAGCCACUGCGCCCAGCCGCCUGUUUUUUAACAUAACAAUUUAGCAAUAUGUUACAGACUUUCUAUAAACUUUAUUUUAAUGGUUGCCCAACAUUUCAUUGGUCUGUUCAUAAUUUUUUGACCUGUUCCCCAUCUGUGUGAUAUUUACAUUGGUAAUUUUUUCUUAUAAAUCAGAGAAUCUAAUGGUGGUGCCUGUCAUGGUAUGAGCUCCUGUUAGUAAUAUUAAUUUGGCAGUGAAAUAUCUUUGUAUAUAACAUUUUUACCAUCUUAAAAUUAUUUCCUGAGGAUUUUCAGAUGGUAUAAUCUUUUCAUUUUUAAAAUUUUGUUCAUCUUUUUGACUUGAUAAUACAAGCUUAUGGCUUAAAAUUCUAAAAAUACAAGAGGUUGAACAGUGAAAAGUCUUCCACUCAGUCACCCGCUUGUCCCCUCAUUCUAUCCUAGACAACCGAUAUUACCCGUUUUUUGUUUUUCUUACAAAGUUAAGUAUAGUUAAGCAAACAUCUUUCUCUCUGUUAAAGACUGUUUAUUAGAGCAGGUUUGAAUUUGCAGUGAAAUUGGGUAGAAAAUUCUCAUAUAUCCCCUGCCCCAAGACAUGCAAAGCCUGCCUAUCCUCCACCAGAGUGGUACAACCUACUUUGACACAUCAUUAUCACCCAAAGUCAUAGUUUACAUUAGGGUGCACUCUUGGUUUUGUAUAUUCUAUGGAUUUUAACAAUGUAUAAUGAUAUGCAUCCAUCAUUAUAGUUUCAUAAAGAGUUGUUUCACUUCUCUAAAAAUUCUGUGUUCUUCCUAUUCAUCCCUCCCUCCGUGGUAACCCUUGGCAACCACUGAAUUUUUUUUUUUUUGGAGACGGAGUCUUGCUCUGUCACCCAGGCUGGAGUACAGUGGCACAGUUUCGGCUUACUGCAACCUCCAUCUCACAGGUCAGGUGAUUCUCCUGCCUCAGCCUCCCGAGUAGCUGGGACUACAGGUGCAUGCCACUACAACCAGCUAAUUUUUUGUAUUUUUAGUAGAGAUGGGGUUUCGCCAUGUUAGCCAGGAUGGUCUUGAUCUCCUGACCUCGUAAUCCGCCUGCCUUGGCCUCCCAAACCACUGAUCUUUUUAACUGUCUCCAUACUUUUGCCUUUUCCAGAAUGUCAUAUAGUUGCAACCAUUCGGUAUGUAGUCUUUUCAGGUUGGCUUUUUUCCCUUAGUAGUAUGCAUUUAAGGUUCUCCCAUGUCUUUUCGUGGCUGGUCAGCUCAUUUUUUUUUAGUGCUGAAUAAUAUUCCAUUGUAUGGAUGUGCUAUAUUUACCCAUUCAUCGACUAAAGAACAUCUUGGUUGCUUCCAUGUUUUGUCAUUUAUGAAUAAAGCUGCUGUAAA